AUGCGCCAAAACUCGCUCUCUUCUUUCUCGUCUUCCCGCAGCCAACUCGUGGACGGAGAAGCGGAGGAAGAGGAAGGAGAGUGGAGCGCGACGAAACGCAGCGGAUCAGGUGAAGGGGGGAGGGAAGACGUCGCACAGGCAGAGGGGCGCCUGUCGAAUCCGCCAACGAACAGGGGCGACAUCAAACGAGAGGAGACGAGCUCUUCACGUGGUAGUCUUUUCUCUUGGUCGUCUUUCGAUUCCGCGUCUCCAGCGGCAGCGCCCCCACGCCCGCCGUGGCUCCCGACAACGUCGGGAGCCACGCGCGGCGUACCUGAGGCUCCUGCUUUCUUAAAAGAGGAAGUGGCCAGUCUGCUGUACCGUGCCAAAGUUUUUUCGUCGCAGCGUCUGCCUCACAGUCACCAUGGAGCGCCUGGCAAGUCUGCUGGAGACGCGCCGAACGGAAGCGCUCCUCUCGUGACGCUCCGUGGCUCGGAGUCGCUGUCUGCUUCAUCUCUGCCCUCGGCUUCGUCGCGCGCGUCGCGCUCGUAUCCGUGUGCUGUCGCUCCCCCCGAUGCGACAGCCUGUGAGGCGCAUGGCUCUCUGGCAAGCGCAGAUGGUAAACGCGCGGGUGCGUUUUUGUGCGCGGGAGAAGCGCCGGCACCCGCAGACGCAUCCAACGCCCCCGCCUUUGCGUCUGGCUCGGUUCGCGUUCACUCCGCUGGCAGUUGCGCGCCUUUUUGUCGUCCGCAAGGGGCCGUUCUCUUUGACAAAGAAGACGUCAAACUGGAGUCCGCGCUCCACUCGCUGCCCUGUCCUACAGACUCUGCUGUUUCCCUCGUGUCUUCGUCGGCCGCCUACAUGUGCCGCUACGAGCCCGAUUUCGAGACACGCGCGCUGGAAGAAGGCCAGGCGUCCUCCUCCCUUCAGUCUGCGGAGGCGCCGCUGUUCUACGUAGCCAACAUUCCUGUCCAUCUGGCGCCUCCUGCUCACUCGUGUUGUUCGUCCCUGGAUCUGAGCGUCUCUCCCUUUCCGUACGCGUACUGUCCUCCGCCGGAAGCUUCCCAUGAGACUCCGCCUGACCUUGCCAGCGGGGGACCCGCCCGGGGGCGUCUCGCUUCGGCGCCUGCGGCCGGCUUUUCUCCGGGGCUCUCGCGCGGUCGACGCGCCGCGAGCCGCCGGCGGUCGUCGCCCCUACGCAAGCGGGAGCCGCAGAAGGCCGCAGGCGUGCCCCGUGCCCAUGCGGAGGACAGCCUGGAGGCGCUGGCGCUCACUGGCGACAGGCCGCCAGGGGGCUGGAAGGGUGGAAAGAAGAGACGCGGGACGGCGGGGGCCUCCGACGGCGAAGGCGCGCCGGCGGAGGCGCCGCUCACGUCCCUUCCCGUCUCUUCGGCGUGCCGCACGCAGUUCCUCCCUCCCGAGGGCGGUGCAGACCAGGGACUGUCUCCUAAGAGCGACGGCCUCGCAGCGCCCAAGCGGAGCCGAAGAAUCAGCUGGCGACCCCACGGGGGCACAGCUCUGCGUAGUGCGCGAAGAGCGGAACCUGGAAGCGGGCAGGACAAGGCGAAUGCCUCCGAAGAAGGGCGCUGCGCGCUGCCUAGCGCAGACGCGCAGGGCGGGACGCCGUCGCCGCGGCGACCGCCUCGCUGGAUACGCUUUUUCGCGCGUCGCCUCAUCUGCCUGGGGCCGAGAGAAGGCAAAGACCCGCUCUUCUUCUCUCGAAGACAACAUCGCCAGGCGCCGAGCGCCGCGAAGCCUUCGCCUUCGUCCGACCCGCCUGGAAGGUCUCAACGCGCAGAGGACCUUCGGGUUCAAAGCGUACAGCCAGGACCCUGCGCCGUUCACCAGUAUCUGUUGUCAGAGUCAGCGUGUUUGGGAGAAGGAUUUGCAGGGAAGGCGCGUGGCGGACAGAGCGACACGAGGGACGCAAGCGUCUCUACCGCGUCAGUUUCUUUUGAAAAGUUCUCGGGAGCAAGCGCUCGCCCAGAAAUAGCCUGGGAGAGAUUCAGUGGGGAGUCCUGCUCUUCACAAGAGGACGCUCGCACGAAACUUCCCGCGGGCGCAUGUCUCUCUCGCUUGGCUCACGGCGAGAGCUGCGGAGACGUGGGUUCCUUUGCCUCAUCGGGGGGCGGCGGGCCGCAACAGACAGACAACGCAGAGAGGCGAAACGCCGCUCCACCUGAGCAAGAAGAGACAGAACAACUCGGCUGCGUGCCGGAGAGCUGCGGCUCUGCCCUGCAGACGCUGAGGGCGAACGAGAAUGGUUGGCACGACGGCGCAGGAGGGGGGGCUGCGAUGCAGGGAGGGGUAGGCGAGUCCGCGUUCAGCAAGCUCCCGCCGGAGUUCUCCGCUCGGGAGCCGGGAAUGUCUCUAGACCAGCGCGACAGAACCUUGGAGGCGGUGUACGAAGGCGCCUGCCUGGAGGCGACUCAAGCUGAGCGUCGACGGCUGUCGACCGCUUCGUUUGCGUCCCUGUCUCCUCGGCGGAGGUCCGACACCGACGACUAUGUGCGGCAGGAGGAGACAGGGGGCACACGCGCCGCAGAGGGGGGGGAGGCUGGCAGGGGACUGCGAACUGUAUCGCCGAGCACCGACAGCGAAGGGAAGUCUGGGCAGCAGCGGUACUUCGCGUCUCCGGGGACGUGCUCCACUGCAGUGUCUCCUGUGGCGGCGCGAGGCGGAGUGCCGGCGUUCAGCUUCAGGCCGCCGGCCGGCUCGGAGAGGGCGGGGACUUUGGGGGACGCGCCUGCUGUCCGCGAGCCGGAGUCCGUCUCCACGCGGCCGUCGCCACGAGAGACCUCGUCGCAUGGGAGUCGGCGAGAGGAGGGUCUGCCGCAGUCCGACGCGCUGGUCAGUCGCAGGCAGGAAGGCAAGAGGGAGCGCGCCGCGGAAGACGAGCGCCACAACGGGGAAGAAGAGGGCAAAAAGGCCUGCAGGGAAUUCGUCGACCGGUGCGUGGCGGCAGGCGUGCGGGGGGAAGCGGCAGAGGCUGCCGACUCUUCCGCAGCGCCUGGCCGCCAGCGGGAAUGCGCGCCCGAUGAAGGAAGAGCCGCAGAGGGCGGAGCCGCGCCAGUCUCCCCGUCGGGAAAGCAGGAGAAGGGAGAGACGAAGGGCGGCCAGAGUCGUGCCAGCUGCUUCCCGGGCUUGAGCAGACUUUCCUCCAGAGAAGACGUCGCGGAGUUCGUGUUAAGUGUUUUGGAAGAAAGGCGCGCCGCCUUCAAUCUGAGGCAGAGCAAAGCGGCUAGUCUCCUCAGACGCCUCUCAACAGAGAAGAGAGACUCGUCCCAUGGACAGGAAAAGGCCAGUUCGCUCCACGCAGGGAGGAAGACCUCCACAAGCGAGCCUCGCAGUCCAGGGGUGCAGGGUCAACCGGCAGCCCCUCUCUGGGGGGAUGCUGCUGCGGGGUCCGAGCGGCAAGGGAGUGGCGGCGCUGACGAUGACUGGGAUCGACAGAGAGAACUGCUAGAUUUGGCGGAGCUUCUUCUCGAUGCUGCCUCCAUUUGCAUGAGCGAGGAAUGCUCCGAGAAAGGCAGGACGAGUGCUAGCGAAAAGAAGACGCACUGCAUGCCUUGCGUCUAUGACAAAGACGGUCUCAAAGUCUGGAAGAAAGAAUUCGGAGUCGGCCGCUUGCUUAUCCGAGCUUCUUUCAUGCUUCCCGUGCUUCCCCAGCAGUACGCUUCGUUUGCUUCCGACAGCACCCUGCGUGCGACGUGGGAUCCCCACCUCGGCGGCCACGCAGUUCUCGAGACGCUGACGCCCCACAUGGACAUUUGCCGAGUUCUGCUCAAGCGCGUCGCCGCGAUUUACCCUCGAGACAUCGUGACGCUGCGCGCCAGGAGAACGUGGCGGCUGCCGCGCGCCGCCCACGAGCCUCCGGAGGCGGAGCUGCAAGAGGGGAAAGAAGAUACUCGACUGGUGUAUGCGUCCUGCAGCUGCUCAAUCGACCAUCCAGAUGCGCCUGAACAUAGCAGCCACGUUCGCAUGGACAUCCGUCUCAGCGCCUACGUUGCGUCGCCCGUGGUGACGCCGUUCGGAGUGUGGACUGAAGUGACGCUGUUCAGCGAGGCCGACCCGAAAGGCUGGAUCCCGGCAGUCGUCAGCAAGGCCCUGGCGGCGAAAGUUCUGCCUUCCACGGUGGAAAAAAUGGCAGUGAACAUGCUCAAGCACUACGGAGUGCCUUGGGACGGUUUUUCUGCCACGGGAUACGCCUUUCGCCGACUGGCUGCCUACCGCGAGCAACUUUCCCGCGGGAUUUCGGACGGGCAUCGACUGUAA